AUGAUUAGUAUCGGUGGCGCUGGUUUAGUUGUUCCGAUGUUUGAAUUAGCAAAAAGCAUGAAAAAUCAUAAUGUGACAUUUAUCACUGAAUUGUAUGCCCAAUCUUAUGUUAACUUCACAUCACAUCCUAAUCUAUCGUCAUUUCGUAUUAUAUAUUCAAAUGAUUCGACAGAUGCAUUUAUUGAUCAAAAGAAAACUGAAAAAGAAGUACUUGAAUAUUUUACCAAUCAUUCGUUGUUUGAUAAUUUAUCCUAUUUGACCCCAGGAUUAGGUAUAAGUCUCAAUGCACUCAUGAACAAGACAGUACAUCUAUUAAUGGUAGAACAAUUUGAUGUAAUCAUUGGAUGCUCAAUGAUCUUUGGUAUAAAUGCUCUUUGCAAAGAAGCAAAGACAUCAUGUGUAAUACAAUUUACGGAGAUACAAUUGGAUUUUUUUGAUUUUAAUCAACCAAACAGUUUUUCGUUAUUAUCAUCAACACAGUUAACUAAAUGGAAAUAUCGUGUUUACAAUGUUGCUUUUACUUUACGUGCUAUAAUGUCCGCUUUCAAACAAUUGAAAACAAUCUUCUACACUAUUUUUCAGUCAUUUCCACAAGUACCAGGACCAUUUUACGAAACUUUUACAUUGAAAAAUCUGUUAUUAACAAAAUUCAAAUGCUUACAAUUAUUUAAUUUGCCACCAACACUCUAUUCACCAUCGUCUUCCCAUCACUGGACUAAAUACCUUGGAGCAUAUGUAGAUGAAUCAACAAUCGAUAAUACUGAUAAUGAUCUUACAAAAUGGAUCAAAUCAAAACCUCCGAAUUCUAUGGUUUAUGCUGCUUUUGGUAGUACUGGUAUAAUUGAACUCGAUCGAAUGAAAAAUUUGAUCACGGGUCUAGCGGCAUUUCUUUUACAAACAGAUACUGCUUCUGUCUUAUUAGCAUUUCGUAAUAUCAAUUAUGAUAAAUAUCAAAUUGUACUGAAUGAGAUAACGAAUAAUGAAUAUCGGCGUGUCUUGUUGAACGAUCAACGGGUGAAAAUUGAACGUGAAUUUGUUCAACAAAAAUGGAUUUUACAACAAAAGUCAGUUAAUUUAUUUCUAAGUCAUUGUGGUAUGGGUUCAGCUGGAGAAGGACUGUAUUUUCAGAAGCCUAUAUUAUGCUUGCCGUUACAGACUGAUCAAUUUUUCAACGCAAUCGCAAUUGAGCAAUCUGGAGUCGGGCAAUCGUUAUUUAAACCACCAUCUCUAUUACAAUCAUUUCUGAAUCCGGUUGAUUUUCAUGAUUAUACAUUUUCAGCUAACGACGUAACAACAAAACUGUUAAUAAUGUGGAGGAAUAGUACGUUCGAGAACGCAGUUCGAAUCAUGUCAGCUGAAAUGAAACAUGCUGGUGGUGUGAAACAAGCUGUGAAAGAAAUUGAAUUCUUAGUCAAAUUAAAUGGUGAUUUAAAUCGCUAUGCGCCAUUCCAGAGUACACUACCAUUCUAUCAGCAGUUUAUGGUUGACUUAGUGAUUGUUUACAUUGUUAUACCUGGAGCAAUCAUUUUUUAUUUAUUUGUUAAAUGUUGUAAACAAAGUCGAAAGAAAAAAAUUGAUUGA